AUGGACAUCAGCUGCGAAGAUAUUGUAGGGGACAUAGAAGAUCUGAUAUCGUUUGAUGAUCCCACACCGUCUGAGCGAUAUCAGAAUAAGAAGGACGUUACAGUGCGAGCCAAGCGAACGAAGGUGCGCGCCAGCCGCCCAAAGGAAGUGCCGUGCGUUGAAAAACCGGUACUAGACAGUGUUAUUCCCGAGACGCAGCAAAUCUACUUGAAAACAUGGGGCUGUGCCCACAAUACAUCCGAUACGGAGUACAUGGCCGGCCAACUGGCACAGUACGGUUAUAAUCUCACCAACGAUAAGAACUCGGCCGAUCUGUGGGUUUUGAACAGCUGUACGGUAAAAAAUCCGUCGGAAGAUACGUUUCGUAAUGAGAUCGAGGCGGCACAUCAAGCGGGAAAGCAUGUCGUUGUGGCGGGCUGUGUACCGCAGGCUGCCCCAAGAUCCGAUUACCUUAAGGGCUUGAGUGUGGUCGGUGUGCAGCAGAUUGAUCGCGUCGCCGAAGUUGUGGAGGAAACGCUCAAGGGACAUUCGGUCCGUCUGCUGCAGGCAAAGAAAGUGGACGGUCGCAAAGUAGCGGGACCGAAGCUUGCCCUACCGAAGGUGCGCAAAAAUCCAUUGAUUGAAGUUAUUCCCAUCAAUUCGGGAUGUUUGAACGCGUGCACGUACUGUAAGACAAAGUUUGCACGGGCCGAUUUGGUCAGCUAUCCCGUAGAAGAGAUAGUGGACCGCGCACGGCAGGUAUUCCAAGAAGGCGUCUGCGAAAUAUGGCUUACAUCGGAAGAUACCGGUACAUAUGGACGGGAUAUUGGAUCAUCACUUCCCGAACUGUUGUGGAAAUUGGUGGAAGAAAUACCGGAAGGAUGCAUGAUGAGACUGGGAAUGACCAAUCCACCCUACAUUCUGGAGCAUCUGGAUGAGAUGGGCAAAAUCUUGUCACAUCCUCGUGUCUACAGCUUCCUGCACAUACCGGUGCAAAGUGGAUCGGACACAAUACUUGGCGAAAUGAAGCGCGAAUAUUGCGUGAAAGAUUUUGAGCGUAUGGUCGACUUUCUGAGGGCGCAGGUACCGGGCAUUACCAUUGCGACGGAUAUCAUCUGCGGGUUCCCCGGUGAAACGGAAGCGGACUUCGAAGACACGCUUGCUCUGUGCAGCAAGUAUCAAUUUCCAAGCCUGUUUAUAAAUCAGUUCUUUCCUCGACCCGGGACGCCAGCGGCUAAGAUGACUAAAGUUCCAGCAAACGAAGUUAAAACACGAACCAAACGUCUAACGGAUCUGUUUCAUUCGUAUGAACCGUACAAGAAAUACGAGCUCGGAUCGAAGCAAACCGUUCUCGUUACCGAAAUCUCGCACGAUCGGAAACACUACGUUGGGCACAAUAAGUUCUACGAGCAAAUUUUGCUACCAAUGCACAAUAACUUGCUAGGAAAACAGGUCAAGGUGGAAAUUACCGGAUGUACCAAGUUCAGCAUGUUUGGUAAGGUGGUACAGGACGAGCGUGAAUGGGUCAAUUGCAGCAAGCCCACCAUCAGUGGAGAUGGGAAUAUGAACCCGAAACUGGCUUCUGACUCUGGAGAAUCGAAGUACCGAUCGAUGGUUGCCUAUCUUUUCAUAUCGUGCAGUUUGGCGAUAGCAUUUAAAUACAUUUUCAUGUUUUUUGACUUCUAAA